AUGGUCCAGGGCAGUGCAGUGACCGACGGUGGCAGCUCAAGCCGCGAGUACGGCAUCACUUUCGAAAUUACCCCUCCUGUCGCAGUCCGCCCAGGUGUACCAUUCACCCUCCCUGUUGUUGUCGCCGUACGGCCCGUUGGCUCCACAAGAAACAGCUCCGUCCAGCAGUUAGUGGCCAAUGUCUCUCUCCGGGACGAGACGGGCACGAGGCCCCUCACCGGCCUAACAGGAACGGUCACGUCGAGUGUUCGCAGUCGAAGCGGGAAUACCACGAGCGGAUACGCUCGCUUCGGCCCACUGACAAUUGGAGCGCCGGGGAAAUACAAACUCAGAGUCAUGCUGGGUGCUGCUUCAUACAAUGGUGUGACGACGAGGGAGUUCCUUGAGUCGGCAGUUAUCCAUGUCCAUGCAGGGGCAGCUGCUUCUCAAAAUCCAACGCCGCUGCAACUGUCUAAGCUGCAGAGUUUAGUCCCCGAGAAUAUCGACAUAUCCUCGGCUGAUAUUGCUGCGUGGCAACAGGCGUGA